UCUCAACAGCACUCGUCUCCAGCUAUAUCUAAUCACCUUAAGCAUCGCUCCAUCAAUAUCAGACCUUCAUAUAAAUAUUACAUAAGCAGUUUCAAUCGGUAUGUGUCUAGCGCAUAUUCGCUAUGGAGGAGCAGAACUGAAGCGCAUCGGCGAUGUCAUGGAAACAGAUGCUUAAAUAACAUCCCAUCCCACCGACAGUUUGAAGAGGUGAUGAUUCUCAGUGUCCACCCCCUGUGAAAAGACAGUUGUGGCAUCAUCAUGAACUUCUCACCCAUCCUGUCACUUGUGUCCCUCCUCUGUGUCAGAAUAUCGGGACAAUGCUGGCAGGCCGCAACUUACUCAGAGAGUAUGGUGUCUCCAGAGCUGAGGAGCAGCAGCAUUUUGCGGGUUCCAGAGGUGUCAUCUUUAGACCAGUGUGUGGGGGCCUGCUGUGAUCUCCCGGGCUGUGACCUGGCCUGGUUUUUUGAGCGCCGCUGCUAUGUGCUCAGUUGUCAGCACAAAGAGAACUGCAAGCCAAUGCAGAGACCUGGCACUGACUCUCUCCUGGCCUUCCUGCAACGUGGGCCCCCACAAACGUUGGUUCUGCAGUCUCUGGUACGAGAGGAGUCUUAUCCUAACCACUGGCAACCUUUGCCCAGGCAUAGGGGCUCAGAAGACCCCAUGAAAGACCUUGCAUUCUUAGAAAGCAUUCAGGAUUUGGACAACACUGAUGCUGAGUAUACUGAGAGCUUUAGAAAUUUGGAAGACAAAAGAGUUGAUAGUGCUGGAGACCGGGAUGGCGCAACAGCAGAACACGAAGAGGGCCCAGGACUAUAUGACUGGCCACUUGUCCAAGGAAAAGAGGAAUUUAACCAGACAGAGACAGAAAAAGUUGGGGGAAGAUUGACAACGCUGCAGGACCCUCUUAAAAGUAGCUCCCUUCCUCCAAGACGCUUCCCAGAAAUGAAAAAUGAAAGUGAAUCAUCUCUGUUUGAAGCUGUACCUGCCAUUACACCCCCAGCAACCACUGUACUUGACAAAAUGGUGGAGGAAGACCCACAGAACAUUUUAUCCACACGUAUGGAGCCAAACAUCUUACAAGAUGACAACUCUGAGCCCACAAAGUUUAACACAGUCAGUAGUUCCUUUACUACUCAAGCCAACACUGAAGCCACACCACAAAUGAUCUCAGAAAAGCCAGUAAGAACCCUGAUUGUGUCCAACAGAGACCCCAUGGAAGUAACACUGCCUCAAAAUACUAUUGAGCUAACUGCUUCAGUUUUUCCAGAAGACACUGCAGAGGCUCCUUACACAUAUGAGUGGACUUUGGUCACCUCACCAGAUGGACAUCAUGGAGUGAUGGAAGGGCGGCACAACAAGUCUGUCAAACUUUCGGAAAUGUCCGUGGGUAUCUAUGCUGUCAGAGUAACUGUGAAAGGGAAACAGGUGUUUGGAGAAAGUGAACUGAAUGUCACAGUGCACCCUGCAGUGAAUGUAAACAUGCCUCCUAAAGCUGUAACUCUGCCUAAGAGCCAAGAUGUGCUUCUCCAAGCAGACUCCAUUAUCAUCAUUAACGGCAGUCAGAGCUCAGAUGAUGCUGGAAUAGUCAGUUACCUAUGGGAAAAGGUGGAUGGACCUCUUUGGAAAUCUGAAGGCCCUGUUGAUACACCUGUACUGCAGCUACAGAACCUUUUGUCAGGAGAAUACACCUUCAUACUGACAGUGUCUGAUUCUGAUGGGCUGACUGACUCCAGCAAUGCCACCAUAAGGGUCAGCAGUCCAAAGGAUGACCCUCCUCAGGCCAGAGCAGGCACAGAUCAGAUCAUCAACCUGCCUCUUAACCAUCUCAUCUUGUGGGGCAACCAAAGCACAGAUGACCAUGCCACUAUGAGCUACCUCUGGAGUCUCCAUCCCAGCAGCCUGAACCAAGAGGUUACCAUGCAGGAUGUAAGGUCACCAUCCCUGCAGCUCUCUGAUCUCCAGGAGGGUCGGUACACUUUUCAACUGACGGUGACUGACUCCAGUGGUCAACAGGACUCAGAUACUGUCUCAGUUACUGUGCUACCUGCGAACAGAGCACCAAUUGCCAUAACAGGACCAGACAGGCAGCUCAUCCUCCCAGUCACCAGCAUUACAUUGAAUGGCAGUGGCAGCACUGAUGAUCAAGCCAUCAGCAGCUACCAAUGGGACAUGCUUAGUGGCCCUCCAGGCUCAAAGAUAAAGGAUGCCACCAAACCAGUUGCCAUAGUUACGGGCCUAAGAGCUGGGAGUUACAAGUUCAAGCUGACUGUGAAAGAUCAGCAGGGAGCAACAGACAGCACUGUCUUGACUGUCACUGUUAAAGAAGCCAAAAGCCUGCCACUGAUUGCCCAUGCCAGCGGCAGCCAUACACUCACUCUUCCCAACAACUCACUGGUUCUCAGGGGCUCAGUGUCUAACAGCGGAGCCACAAAUGUGUCCUUUCUUUGGGUCAGAGAUGAACAGAGCCCUGCUGCAGGGGAUGUUCUAUAUGGAUCAGAUCACGGGGCCUUCCUUUACCUAGCCAACCUAGUGGAAGGAACUUACCUAUUCCAGCUCCGGGUCGCUGAUGCCCAGGGCCGGUCAAGCACGGCAAUGGCCACUGUGGAAGUGCGCCCUGAUCCACGUGAGCAGGAGGAGGUGGAGCUUGAGCUGCAGGUGGGCGUGGCUCAGGUCAGUCAGCAGCAGAAGGACACAGUGGUGAGACAGCUGGCAGCACUACUGCACGUUCUGGACUCCGACAUUGCACUGAAGGGGCUGCACGGCCAGUCGGACAUCAGCACAGUUUUUAGGUUCUCAGUGCAGGGUCCUGAUGGGACAAUCCCAGGCCCAAAGCUCGCCUGUCUCCUGAGAAACCAGCUGUUGAGUGAGAAAACUGACUUCUUGCUAUUUAAGGUCCUACGAGUGGACACAGUCAUGUGUCUACUGCUCUGCUCUCAACGUGGUCAGUGUGACCCAAUUACCAAGAGCUGUUCCUGUGACCCUCUCUGGAUGGAGAACCCAAUUCUGCGUUUCUUUGACGAUGGCGAGAGCAACUGCGACUGGAGCGUGCUGUAUGUCACAAUCUCUUGUUUCGUGACAAUCAUUUUCCUCUUGUCCAUCAGCUGGGCUUGCAUCUGCUGCUGUAAAAGAGGGAGACGCACAAAGGUAAGGAAGAAAACCAAGUACACAAUACUGGACAACAUGGACGAGCAGGAAAGAAUGGAGCUUAGGCCAAAUUACAACAUUAAACACAGGAGCACAGCACACAACUCCAGCCUGAUGAUGUCAGAAUCAGAGUUGGACAGUGAGCAGGAAAAUAUUUUUCACAAUGCGAGAACAGACAAUGCCAGAAACAGAGCCAAUGGAGCGGUCAGAAAUGGAGACACUCUCAGCCUUUGUCCUGUGGAGGGUUGAGUCCCAGAUGGGCACAUGGACAUUUUGUUUAUGGUGGACAUUGUUUACAUUACACGUGUGGGCAUGGUAGAAUAUUCCACAAAUGCAGAUGUGACAGUUCAGGUGACAGUUUACAAAGACUGGCUGAAUGAAUUGGCUGCCAAAUUGACCGACUACUGAAUUAAAUUGGUAUUAUGAAUAAUCACUGGCAAUGCCAUAUUCCAUUUGAAUAUUAGAAGGCAUGUGCAUAAAACUCACAAAAUUGCAAUGUCCCUCAAUAUGUGCUUAAUACUCCUUGUAUGUUCAGUGAUGCAAUGCAAGCAAUUUACUGUACAUUUAUUUUUGUUGUUAAUAUGAUGCUUCAAAGCAUUUUUUUUAGGAGAUAAAUGGUAAAUAAUGGAUGCAUAGAAAGCUAAAUCAAAAAGCAAGCUAAAAUCCCUUAUUUAUGACUGAAUUUUAAUGUGCCUGAUUCACAGCCAUUGUUUUUUGUCUUGAUGUGUUGGUAUUGAAGAUGAUGUUUAAAUCUAGUCAUAAAUGUGUCUUUUUAGUGUUCUGGUUUUACAGCCUAAAAACAUCUGCUUCAGCUGGAAUUGCAAUAAAAGCCAUUUAUACCAGGCAUAUCUUGAAAAGGAGAUGCAUUGCUUGUAUUUUCUUUUAGUUAUAAUACAGUGAGAUGCAAAAAAUAAAAUAAAAUAUGCAGCAAAAAUAAAGACCUGUGGCCCUUUACUGUGUCUGCUGUGAAAUAAUAUCAACAACUGUACAUUAUAAAGUUUUGUCUUAACUUAGUAAUGAAAAGCCACAACUUAAACGACAAAGGUUAAAAUGACCAAAGUAUUACCAAAUUAUUUAGAUGCCAUUAGCUUUAUUGCCUAGUUUUUGUGCGUUUAUGCUCUUAUCUGCAGAAUUUCAAUUCUUCGGAGAUUAGAAAAACAUUUCUUUUUUUCCACAUACAUUACAAUACACAAUAACAAUACCUUAAUGUAUAUUAAUAGAGAAUUAAUAUUUACAAUUAAAGCAAUACAAACAUAAUUAAAUUGCACUGGCACUGGGACAACAUUUGGCCUUAAAAGACAUUGUUUUUAGACAAUUAAUAACUUGCUAGACAAUACCUUGAAACAAAACUUUUUCUAUCCAGCAGCAUAAGCACCCAAAUAUAUCCCAUCACAGUCAAUGUUUCAUGUUUAACAGUCUUACCAACACCUUUUUUGUAGAAUUACAAAAAUAGAGCACUUAGCAAAAUAAACCCAUAUCAAGUUUAACUUUUUCAUCUAUACAUUUACAGGCAUCAGCCUGAGAUGUACUGUUGCUAGCAUCAUUUUUAAAAUACCCUUUCAAGCAUUGUGUCUAUUGUUAAGAGUAAAUGUAGAAAUAGGUUUAGUGAAUGAUCUGGCUGCGCUAGUUAAGUUCAGCUUCAGUUGAAAUGUGGUACUGCUAUCAAAAAUGGUCUCUGGAUCUAUGUUUAAAAUGGUACCAACCUUUUUGGUCCAGGAACAACAUUCCUAUUAACCAAUCAGAUUCAGGAAUAAGAAAAGGGGUAGGUUAAGGAUUACAUUUAGGGCUCUAUAGGAGCUUGUUAACUAUUUUUAAAAACCUACAGUAUCAUUUCCCGCGCAAGUAUAUUUUGCUUAUUUCAGUGCCUGCAUGAAUCAGGUCAAUCUUAUUUCAGAGCUACAUGGUUACAUAAAUCAACUAUGAUGGAUGACGGACAUGACCUCAAGGAGGUCAAUUUUUGUACAACUCAUUUUGACAACAAAUAUCCCUUCAUUGACCACAUUUACAUGCACAAGAAAACGGUUUAUUCCAGGGUUUUUGCAGAAGGCGGUGUUUUGUAUUCAACAUUUUUGGGAGAACAGUUGGGAAAAAGGAAAAGCACAUCCACUAUAAAAUAAACCCAUUUAUACACACAGAUUAAAAAUAUCGACUACUGUACCUCACGUCUGUGUAUAUGCGCUAAAGUACACUGGGGGAAUCUCUGUGUUUUACGUAAGAGGGAAAUUCCACUAUAGUGCGCAACAGUCUGGUUCCGGAAGUAAAACCCCAUUCAUUUUUUCCAUAGACUAACUGAUUUUCAACGAUAACUUAUAAACUUUUAAAGACAGACCUACCAUAAACUCAGAGGUUGUUCAUCGACGGUAUGUGCCUUGUUGAAACCAUCAGUCCAUGUUAUUUCAACUUUAUUGUUUAAAAAUUGUUUAAUAGCGGAAUUCCAGGUGAACAACUACAUUACCCAUGGUCCAGCAGAGAAAGAUCCACAAAUCAGAGAACCACGGCCAACAUAGCCCAUCAAACAAGUCAAGCAGCGAGUGCCCACUUCCAUUUGAGUCGGUCUCAUUACACCCUAAAAUUUAUAUUUGUAUAUAUCAGAAUACUUUGCAGUAACUUUAAAAUACACUGUUUCUAUACUUAUAAAAAACAACCUAAAAUCAAUAGUUUUGUAUAUUUCCAUGGUUUUUUAUUCGAUUACAUCAUUCACAAUGCUUCAUGGGAUUGUAGUUCAUACCCUCGUGAACGACAGUAAGUAUACAGUCUUGUACCUUUAUCUUAUUAAACGAUUUUCAAAUACUUUUCUGCUUCAAAUUAAAGUGUGUAUUGUAAUUCACCUUAGAGCUGGUUGGUUUGGUUCAUGGCUUAGAACUCUUUUAUGAAGGAUUUUUAUGAAAAGCCAAUGUAAAAAAUGAAUGGGAAAAAUACUUCUGGAACACGUAUGGCUGAAAAGGCAAAAACUGUUGCGCUCUAUUGCAGUGCAAUUCCGCUGCAGGUUGCGAUAGAAAGUCAAGGAAACAAACAUGGCAACAACUCUGGAAUACCUGGAAAUAAAGUGAAGCAACAGAGAAUAAAAUAGAGAAGUCUUCGGAUAUCAUGUUUGUUAUUUACACAAGUGUUAGUGCAGUUAAAGGGGAGAAAGCUGCUUACUGACCUAGCCGCAUGUAUACGUGGGUAAAGAGAAAGCUGCAAACACAGUGCAUGUUUUUUUUUUUUCUUUU